AUGACUGCUCCAUCCUUUGACGAAGUGUUAGAUAAACUCAAAUCCUUCUUGGAGAUUCCUGAAGAUCAACAACCCAAGGAAUGUCCCUUCAACGCUGAAGAGAAGAAAGUCUUUAUUCAAAAUCAUAGUUCCAUGGUCCAACAAUGUCCAGCCUUCCAUGAUCAUGGUUGUCCUUUCUCUAAAAUUCAUUCCGUGAGAGCUUUUAAAGAGAAGUUGAGUCAUAUCCCACAAUUGGAACAACGAUGUCCUGCCAUGGCUGGUCAGACUCAUACUCAUGAUGUCGUUGCACAGAUUAUGAAGGAUUAA